UGAAUUAGGAAGACUAUAUGGAAUAUUAAACAGAAAAGAUUGGAGUUAUAUUGGAUGGAGAUUUGAUUGGUUUACAGGUCGUUUCGGUGAUAAUACUAAAAACAUUGAAAAACGAUAUUCAAUGAUGAGAUUUUAUAUAUGGACUCUUUUGCUAAACCUAUAUGAAUAA